ACAGCUACUGUCUAUGCAAAUCCAGAGAAAAAAAAAUCAAUGGAGAAACAAGGGGAAAAUGUCCGGCAACAGCGGCUGGUGAUCGUGGGUUAUCCAUUUCAAGGUCACAUAAGCCCCAUGCUCCAACUAGGCACCAUCCUCCACUCGAAAGGCUUCUCAAUCACAGUAGUCCAUCCUGAGUUUAACUCACCAAACCCUUCAAAGCAUCCUGAAUUCACCUUCGUUGCUAUUCCGGAUAAGCUGUUAGAGUCCAAGGUCUCAGCUGGGGAUUUUCCUGGCAUCGCCUUGGCUCUUAAUAGGAACUGUGUAGCACCAUUUCAGAACUGCAUGGAACAGAUACUGCUUGAGAAGGAUCCAGGUGAGAAUAUUGCAGGUAUCAUAUAUGAUACCCUUAUGUACUUUGCUCAAUCUGUGGCUGAUCAUUUCAAAGUUCUGGGAAUCAGUGCUCGAACCAGCGCGGCUGCCACAAUUUUGGCCUUUUCUGUGUUUCCUCGUCUCCAUGGAGAAGGUUACAUCUCCUUUCAAGAUUCUAUUUCUGAUGGUGGAAGUCAAGAUCUUCAAUCCAUCAAGAUCAAACAGCUUCUUACAUCUUUAGCAGAAAAUCCCACCAAUUCUGCGUUAGAGUUGAGGGCUGCAUUAACCAGGGAAACAAAGAAAGCAUCUGCCAUCAUUGUGAACACAAUGGACUUCCUUGAACAGGAAGCACUAGCAAAGAUCAAAGAGCACUUCCCAGCUUCAAUUUUCACCAUAGGUCCAUUUCACAAACUAGCCCCCCCAAUUUCCACUUCAUUGCUCAACGAAGAUUCUAGCUGCGUCUCAUGGCUUAACAAACAAGCCCCAAAAUCUGUGGUCUAUGCAAGCUUUGGUAGCCAGGCCACCAUUGAUGAAGAAGAGCUAGUUAACAUGGCUUGGGGACUGGCCCACUCAGAGCAGCCAUUCCUCUGGGUGGUUAGACCUGGUUCAGUCCGUGGCUUCGAAUGGAUUGAGUCUCUGCCAGAGACAUACCAUGAAAGAGUUGGGGAAAGAGGCUGCUUUGUGAGAUGGGCGCCACAGAAGGAAGUGCUGGCACAUAGCGCGGUUGGCGCAUUUUGGAGCCAUUGGGAUGGAAUUCUACUCUUGAGAGUAUCUGUGAAGGUGUGCCAUUGUUAUGCACACCUUUCUUUGGUGAUCAAAUCUUGGAUUCAAGGUAUAUUUGCAAUGUGUGGAAGGUAGGCCUAGAAGUGGAGAAAGGGAAGAUAGCUGAAGGUAUAAGAAGACUGAUGAAGGAUGAAGAAGGGAUGGAAAUAAGAAAGCGAGCAAUGGAUUUGAAGGAGAAAACAGAGGCUUGCCUAAGGGAGGGCGGUUCUACAAUCACUUCUUUGAGUAAGUUCUCAAAGCAGUUAUAUCGUUAGGCUAAUAUGAAGCACUCUGCUACUCCAAUUACUAUCUUUUACCAGAACAAUUUACCGUUUCAUACCGGCCGUACCGGCCGGUAUGACUGGUCGAU